UUCCACGGCAAGUGUCAACAAAGAUUCCCAUAGUUCUGAACUCCAGACCUUCCACGACUCUACUUCCAGUUCCAACGGAUCCGUUUCCAUUCGUGCUGUCCGAUGCGCACUAAAAUGGGAACCUGCUACUGCCCAGAUAUACGAGUGUCACGUAUGAGUCGCGGUGGUUUGGCAGUUUAUAAUAGCCUAUUGCUGGCAUAGACCAUCACAAACAGUCGCUCGGGAACCAUUCGCAACAUUUAUUCCACAAUGAGUUAUCUCCGUUUCAAGCUCUUUAUCCUGUUCAGUUUUUGCUUUCAUUGCUCACUGCAGCAGUUCGUUCCCUUUCCGGACACCGAUCCCAUGCCAGGCAACUAUCUGCAGUCGGAGAGCGACGGCGACGAUUUGGAGUGGAGUCAGGCGAACUGGCAAUUGGUGAUUCCCUGGCUGCUGCAGCUCCAGCAGGUACGUCUCUGUGUGGCAGUCUCCAGAUUUGACCAGCAACUGGUGCACGGAACACCCUGUGCGGGACUGCUCGAUGCUGGCCCGCUCAUGGCCAGCUGCGACAUCGGUCACAUUGAAGAUCUCAGUGUUACCAUGCGCGACGCCUUCGGACCAAUGCUGUUCGACACCAUGCAAAAGUGCCGUCCUGGCUUGGAGCUCUUUGGUGUACGUUGCAGGCGUAGGGCAUGAAGUCCCAGAAAUCCAUUAGAAAUUUAAAAUAAAUAAAUGAGAAUAUCAUCAAAA